UGGUGAUGAUAGACACGACUCUAACAAUGCAAAAAAACUAGCAAUGUGUGCUUCGCCUGUAGAAGUGUGAAAAAAAAUUAAGUUAUUCCGCUAGAUCGAAAAACAAAAAAAAAAACCAGAACAGGACUUCGAAAACUCUUGCUCUGUUUCAGUUGAUCUCGUUCUUUCUGCCAGGUCGGACUUCGGGUUGGAGUGCCCGCCAUCAGUUCGGUAUAUAGCGAACUGAUGGCGGGGACCUGGUCGGACCUCGGGGUGGAGUGCCCGCCAUCAGUUCGGUAUAGCACAAGCUGAUGGCGGGCAGCUGGUCGAGCCUCGGGCUGAGGUGCCCGGGGACCGGGUCGGACCUCGGGGUGGGGCGCCCGCCAUCAGUUCGCUAUAUAGCGAACCGAUGGCGAGCAGCUGGUCGAGCCUCGGGUUGGGGCGCCAGCUGUUGAAGAUUUUGAACCUGAGGCGUCGCAUUUUCUGCCAGCGCCGUACACGCUUUCUUUAUCCAGCUUGCACCGCCUUGCCUGCUUUUGCUGUUGCUUGAGCAAUUCAAAAGUUUAAGUUUUUCAAAUUCUGCCGCUGGCGUUCUGCUGCACGCUUUGCUUUUCUCUUUCUUGCAAUUUUCAUUUUUUAGCUUUUACUUUUUAGCUUUUAGCUUUUCCUUCUGAGCUUUUGUUUUUUGUUUUUACUUUUUGGCUUUAAAUUGCGGAGUCAUGGUUUGGCCGUCACACUCUUACUCUUAGCAAGGGAUAGAUUGAGGCUCUGACGUAUUGCUAUUGCGCGUGAAAUUCAUCCAACACUUGCGAGCCAGCAAUUCCAUUUCCAAGGCUUGCUUUCUAGUUUUGUUCGAUUCCAGACCCCUCAUCGAGUUGAUGUCUAGACCUCUCAUCGAGAACGAACUCCGAACACGCGAACAGGCCCCACGAUAUUUAACCCUCUGCGCGAUACCCCGCGCAGAAUAGAUGAUGAUGAUGAUGAUGAUGAUUGAACUAUUCAUUCCAGCAGUUCACACACUCCACGCGGAGCAACUAAUUGAUUCUGUCCAGUGCUUGGAUUAAAUUCAAAUGUCUUAAUCGCCUUGUUCUUCUCACAUUCACUAAAUGGCAGGCAGCGCUUCCCUUGUAUGAGUGCUAGACUAUUACGCCGGCGAGCGUCCAGGACCGACCAGGUCGCCGUCGGUAGGACGUCUAGUAAACUACAUCGCUAAACUUGCGCGCGAAGGCCAAUAGGGGAAAAAUCUACGAACCUCCCCAGACGGUCAACCUUGUUCAGAGGAAUCUUUCGAGCAGUAGAAAAGGCGUCACGAGGAUGUAAAAUGGAC